UUACCGUGCGCAAGCUUUUGCAACUUGCAGGUCGCGCUGACUUAGUGAGGCUGACCAAUUCUCUGUGCGUCGUGCGCGCGCAGCCACUUGAACACGCACGGAGGUGGAAGACCGGCGGCUCUCUCGUCUCCGAACCCACCGCCUCAUUAAACACUAAUCUGCAGAGGCUCGGGCGGCGCGCAUUUACUACUCCACUCACUACAAGAAAAAGCCGCGUUGCUGGCGCGCCAAGGGUGCGGAGGAAUAGUGGAACGGCCACUCGGCAAAGCAAUGGACCCCAACCAAAGCUGUUGAAUGACGCCAGUGUAUUGCGCUCCACUAUCUGAAGACGAGGAUCACGGUAGAGUUGUGCAGCGGAGCGUCAGAGGAAGAAGCCAGCGCGAUGGCGUGCAGCUACGGUGACAGCCGCUUGUUGACCUGGCAGGUCCUUCUCACCAUCUCCAUGGUUCUGAUCCCCCUGUCCGCUCACGGGAGGCAUUCGAUGACCAGGCGUCAUCAUCACCGUAACCAGUCAUCCAUCAACCGGGAAGCCUUGAAUGCCAGAAUGGUGCUAAGUGAUGACUCAGCAGAGAGAGACCACCUGAUAGAAGCGGGGCACCCGGCUUUUUCCAAACAUCACCACUCCCAUAAACAGGUCCAUCCAGAUCCGGAUCCCGUGGGGGAGGAGCUGACUGCAGGAGGAGCAGGACCGGAUCAGCCCGGGAACCCCUUGUCUGACGACAUUAUCACCGUGGAGUUCCACCGUCCAGCGCCGGAGAUUGUACCAUCGGAUCUUGAUCUUAAUGGAGCCAAAAUUCCAAAACCCCAAAAGCAAAAAGGAAGCAACCCCACAGCUUGGACCCUCUCUGACUUUUACGACUACCUGUCGCCUGAUGACGAUCUCUCGGCAUCCGCCCCCACCCAAGAGCCGGAGCCCUCCCCUUCACCCCCGGCCGACAUGGAGGAUGAGAAUCCCCUCUUGGCUGGUGCUCCUGUCAAUGUGAAGCCUGCAAUAGCGAACAAGCCAACUCCACCUGCCCAGCCCAAGCCAGAGCCGGACAAUAGUGAGGACUUGAGCUUCGGUGGCGCCAUGGGGAGCGACGGGUGCAGGCUGGGCUUCGUGCGCUCUGGUCCCGGGAUGUGUCUAUCUCAGUGUGACGUUGAACCCAAUUUCUGCUUCAACGAAGGAGUGUGCACUGUUGUGGCAGGAGUGGGAGCUUUCUGCAGGUGCAAUGUGCAGGACUACAUCUGGAACAAAGGCACGCGCUGUGACUGGGCCAUCACCGAGUUCCAGGUGAUGAGUACGGUGGUGGGCGUGGUCUCUGUAGCGUUCCUCCUUCUCUUCAUGAUCAUCGUGUUCUUCGCCAAGAGGCUGCACCGCCUCAAGAACGAGAACAAGCGCCUUCACAAACGCAGUAAGUACCGUCCACAGAGCACCGAGCCACAGACGGACGGCCUCUCGGUUUCCACCACCGCUGACGGCUCGCAGCCAAACGUAAGGAAAUUGUGCGACUCUCCUCCGCCCGUGCCCCAAGCUCACACUCACAACCUGGCGUACUAUGACAACAUUAUCUGUCAGAGGCCAUCACCAACCACCUUUACCUGGGAAUUUAAACCCAGAAACUCUUAUAACCACUACCAGGAUGACCCCCAGAAGCAGGAGGACCCCGCCAAGUCCCCCCAACCUAAGGAAGAGGGCGCCAUGAACAUCCUCAACUCGCAUUCCCCCAAACACGAGAACAACCGGCCAAACUCUGUGGUCCGCGACCGCAGCCGCAGCCCCAACCACACAGACGACAACACCGAGGAUGGAGUCACUAUCGGUCUGGAGGUGCUCCUCCCUAAAGAGGCCAAGCUGCUCCCUGAGAGGAACUCUCCCCUCCAGUAUGACGUCUUCCUCUACAAGGUCGCAAACAACGGAGACCCGACCGCUGCCAACUCUCAUUGCGCCCCCUCCCAUCAUGGAACCAAAUCACCCCAAACCCCAAAGAGAGCAUCCAAGGAGCCGAAAUCCUCCAAACACGCUCAUUGUCACAGUAACCGCGAGCCCCUCUCUGGGCGCCACUCCUCGCCGUUCCUGCACCCCUCACCCGGGAGACACCCGUCCCCGAGUCGUCAUUCCGCGCCCGGGGGCUACUCUGCCCCUACGCGCCACCCAUCUGCCCACCACUCGCCCAGAGGUCGGCCUUCCAGUUCUUACUACUCCGGCAUGGAAAGAGAGGACAGACACAUUCGUCCAUCUCCGUCCUCUCCUCAUCUCACCACUCAGCCUCCCUCUUCACCGUCCAGGGCCAAGUGCAGCCCGGUCAGCACCCGAUCCCUACCACCGCUCUCAUGACUUGUUACGCCGCUUACUCAUACUUUCAAAUGCACGUAUAGAAAGCUGCUUGACCUUUUAUUAAAUAUCCGUGAUAUCCAGCUUAACAUUUAACAGCCAAUACAUAAAAGUUUGAAUUUUAUAUUUCCAAAUCAACAGUUUUUACAGUAUGAGCCUCGAGCAAUUGGUUUAGAUGUCACUUGAUGGUUAAAAAAAAAUAAAAGCUUAAUAAUAGGAUU